AUGGACACGUUAGAUUUUGUGCCUGAAGCUUUACCUGAUUUUGAAUUACCCAGAGAUCUUCUUGGUUUCGGAGAGGAUUCACUUGAUCCUGAAUGGCCCAAUGGUGCCAGAAUUGCUGUUUCCUUUAUCUUGAACUACGAAGAAGGUGGAGAACACAAUAUUCUUCAUGGAGACGACAGAUCUGAGGCUUACCUUUGGGAAAAAGGUGGUGUUGCAACAGAAAGAAUCAAUGGUAGACACUUGAUGAGUGAAAGCGAAUUUGAGUAUGGGUCCAGAGUUGGAGCCUGGAGAGUCUUGAGAUUAAUGAAAGAAUUCGGAUUCCCGAUGACCAUCUAUGCUGUUGCACAAGCCUUCUCAAAAAACAGAGCUUUUGCAAAAGCCUGUGUCAGAGACGGACAUGAGGUUUCCAACCACGGGUUGCGUUGGAUCAGCUGGGAAAAGUGUUCCGAUGAUGAACAGGUUGAAAUGAUCAAGAAGGCUAUUUUGUUAUUGGAAGAGGCUUCUGGAGAAGCACCGGUUGGUGCGUAUAUUGGAAGAGGAAAUAUUAAGACACCUGCCUUGACUGCCAGAGCACAUGCUGAGCUUGGAAAGCCAUUUUUAUGGCAAUCUGACUGCUAUAAUGAUGAUGUUCCAUAUUGGGUUGAUCUUCCCCAGGAGAAAGACUUACCUGACUCCGAAAAAAAGGGUAUGUUAAUGAUUCCGUAUUGUUACGUGACUAAUGACUACAAGUUUGUUGCUUCCGACCCAGGCCCUGGUUUCCCUGGUGCUUUUGUGUACGAAGACUAUUUGAAACAAGAGUUUGAUCAGUUAUACCGUGAAGGCGGAAAGGUAAUGAACAUUCCAAUGCAUUCAAGAAUGGUUGGAAAGCCAGGUAGAAUCAAUGCCCUUAGAAACUUCAUCAAGUAUAUCAGUGAGAAGGAAGGCGUUUGGGUUUGUAACAGAAGAGACAUUGCUUCCCAUUUCAGAGAAAAGUUCCCAUAUGUCCCAGGGAAGUUGGCUGUCAAGAAAGAAUAG